CAGCUUGACGAAUUCCUUCGAAUAGAUCUCAUUGAAAAAGUUGAACGGCGAAAGCUCACAGAGUCCCAGCUCUUGGAUCUCACAGCAAAGGAGUUAGGCUACAUGUUUAGCUGUGAUGGAGAAAAGCUAUAUCAGACAAUGCGUAUGCUGCCACGGCUAGAGGUGGAAGCUGUCCUUAAACCGAUUACUUACACUAUCAUGCAAGUGACGGCCACGCUAACGCCUGCUUUCUUCUGGAAUGAUCGCUUCUUAGGGAAGACUGGAGCUCAGUCCUUCUGGCUUACGUUGGAGAAUAUAGAUGAGAACUUAAUCAUCCACCAAGAAAAAAUUGCGAUCAAUAAGAAAAAGGUGAAAGCCGUUGAGCCGCAACAUUUGGUAUUCACUAUCCCUAUUCGAGAUCAUCAACUAACCAAUGUUUUUCAACUUCGUGUCGCCAGCGACUACUUCCUUGUCAACGACACGGUUGUAGCGCUUUCCAUGCACAAUUGUAUUCUUCCAAAAUCAUACAAAGCUCACACAGAUCUGUUACCUCUCGAUCCGUUACCGGUGACUACCUUGCGGAACAAAGCAUUUGAAUCUAUAUACAAUUUUGCUUAUUUCAACCCAAUUCAGACUCAAAUUUUUCAUUGCCUUUAUAAUACAGACGAAAACGCGUUGAUUGGUGCCCCGACCGGCUCUGGGAAAACGCUCUGCGCUGAGCUGGCAAUUUUCCGACUCCUGCAGAAAAACCCCGGUAAAAAGUGCGUUUAUAUUGCUCCACUGAAGGCUUUGGUGAGAGAACGUGUGUCUGAUUGGAGAGAAAAAUUCGAGAAAAAGAUGGGAUAUAGAGUAGUGGAAGUGUCUGGCGACUACACACCCGAUGUCAACACGUUGAACGCUGCUCCGAUUAUGAUCACAACGCCAGAAAAGUGGGACGGUAUAACAAGAAGCUGGAACACUCGAGAAUACGUAAGGAAAGUGAACCUGAUCGUCAUUGACGAAAUCCAUCUCUUGGGCGUUGAUCGUGGAGCUGUAUUGGAAGCGAUCAUAACU